UAGCGUUUAACACUUCAUCGGUCAUCAAAGCCCAGGCAGUCAGUAGCCCCAACACAGCCUCAGCUAAAAGAACAUCAGAGCAAACAGAGUUGGGCUUUUUAAACUGGCAAAACAAAUGUCACCCGCCUGAAGGGGAGCGGGGGAGAGGGUUAAAGCGAACUCCAGUCCAAACGAGUUUAAAGGGAAAAAAAGGAAAAAAGUCAUUACAAGUUUUCCCAAAGCUAGCUUGAGAGCACAGGCGUCACGAACAAGGGCUUUUGUGCCUGCUAAUUGCAGCAUUUGUGCGCAAAAGUUCCGACGCAAAGUGUGAACUCUCAACAGAAGGAAAUAUGAGACAACUGAAGUGCCCUGGUUUAUGUGCCCUGCUCCUCCGCCGCCUCCUCUUCUUUCUCCUUCCUCCAGCCUAGCCUGCUGUUGCAGCUUGUUUGCACUGGGGCUUAUCCGGAGCGGAAAUUCCUUUCCGUUUUUGUGAAUGACAAACUCAUUAACAAUUCAUCAACACAACCUGUUCCAGCCGGCCCGUCUCCAAGGCAACAGCCCCUUCCGCAGCGCGUUCAUUGGCUGGCUAGGAGAAUGUAUCCAUUGAGACGCUCGCUGUUUGUAUCCAUUGAGGAGCUGCCUCGCGCAGGGGGUGUGCGACAACUGAGUCCUAGGGAGAGUGAGCAAAUCGAGGCUUGAAUAAUCCAAGGAGAAAAGACGCUCGGGUGGAUUUGAGGUGCAGCCUUGGAGGGAGGGAUUAGGAGCUGCUGGACUUUUUUCUCUCCCUCUUCUCUCUGUAGCUCGGAGUCCGAAUUAAUUGGAUUUCAUUCACAGGGAGAGACAAAACUGUCUGGCCAGCUUCAUUCAGAGCGAUUCAUUGAACCUGAGAGCGAGCGGCUGCAGCCGGGUGCAGAGGGAACCGCGGGCUUCACUUCAGUCUCGCCUUUCCCAACCUCUAACACGGUUUGGGAAGAGCGAGGUGGAAUUCAACCCCGCUCCGUGAGCGGCGGCUUCGCGCGGCGUCCUCGGCCUAUGCCUGCCCCGAGGGGCGUCUGCUAGGCACCCCACCCUCUCUCGCAGCUCGACCCCCAUGAUAGAUACGCUCAGACCCGUGCCAUUCGCGUCGGAAAUGGCGAUCAGCAAGACGGUGGCGUGGCUCAACGAGCAGCUGGAGCUGGGCAACGAGCGGCUGCUGCUGAUGGACUGCCGGCCGCAGGAGCUGUACGAGUCGUCACACAUCGAGUCAGCCAUAAACGUGGCCAUCCCAGGCAUCAUGCUGCGGCGCCUGCAGAAGGGCAACCUCCCGGUGCGCGCGCUGUUCACGCGUGGCGAGGACCGAGACCGCUUCACCCGGCGCUGCGGCACAGACACAGUGGUGCUGUACGACGAGAGUAGCAGCGACUGGAACGAGAACACUGGCAGCGAGUCGGUGCUAGGACUCCUGCUAAAGAAGCUCAAGGACGAGGGCUGUCGGGCGUUCUACCUGGAAGGUGGCUUCAGUAAGUUCCAAGCCGAAUUCGCCCUGCGCUGUGAGACCAAUCUAGACGGCUCGUGUAGCAGCAGCUCGCCGCCGUUGCCAGUGCUAGGGCUUGGGGGCCUGCGGAUCAGCUCCGACUCCUCUGACAUUGAGUCUGACCUUGACCGAGACCCCAAUAGUGCAACGGACUCGGAUGGCAGCCCGCUGUCCAACAGCCAGCCUUCUUUCCCCGUGGAGAUCUUGCCUUUCCUUUACUUGGGCUGUGCCAAGGACUCCACCAACCUGGACGUGUUGGAGGAAUUCGGCAUCAAGUACAUCUUGAACGUCACCCCCAAUCUGCCGAAUCUCUUCGAGAACGCUGGAGAGUUUAAAUACAAGCAGAUCCCCAUCUCGGAUCACUGGAGCCAAAACCUGUCCCAGUUUUUCCCUGAGGCCAUUUCUUUCAUAGAUGAAGCUCGGGGCAAAAACUGUGGUGUCUUGGUGCAUUGCUUGGCUGGCAUCAGCCGCUCAGUCACUGUGACUGUGGCUUACCUUAUGCAGAAGCUCAAUCUGUCAAUGAAUGAUGCUUAUGACAUUGUCAAGAUGAAGAAAUCCAACAUCUCCCCCAACUUCAACUUCAUGGGCCAGCUGCUGGACUUCGAGAGGACGCUGGGACUCAGUAGCCCCUGUGACAACCGGGUCCCUGCUCAGCAGCUCUACUUCACCACCCCCUCCAACCAGAAUGUCUACCAGGUGGACUCCUUGCAAUCCACGUGAAAGGCCCCACAUUCCUCCUCGAGGGAGUGUGUGCUUUCCUUUAGCAGUUUUCUCUUAACAGCAUCAGUUGGGCUGCUUUCUUUGUAUGUGGCCCCACGUGUCCAAAUGACACCAGCUGUCUGUAUUAGACAAGGUUACCACAUGUGGAAUUGGUUAUUGCAAAGGGAGAGACUUUCUCCAUCCUCGCUGGAGGAACAGCACAUGCUGUAUAGAUACAGGUUUGCUCCGUACCCAUGUGUACAUCCUACCCACGCAGGGACUGGAAUUUGAGGACUUCCAGGUAAAGAGGGUAGGACCAAAUGGUAGGAUAGGAGUAUGUGUUCCUUAGGGCCUUGUAUGACUGUUUCUUUUUGCAUCUGGAACUGACCAUUUUGUCUUCAGUGAAGACAGACUGAUUCAAUUUUGCAUAUAAAGGAGCCAAAGGUUUCAGCUCUGUAGUAUCAGUUUGCAAAAAAAUAAAAUAAACACAGGAAAACCACAUUAAUAAUAGAAAAAAUAAAUCUGAUACUCCAUCUGAUUAUUGUAAAUAUUUGAACUUAAAUUACUUGGCAGUGUUCGUUUGAGUUGUUUGUUUUUUCUUUGAUGGUUUUAAAAGAAUCCUCCAAAGGGAGAAAGAGCAGUAUACCACUUCUGAAAACAAAAAUGGAAACUUUUGCUCUUUUCUGAUCCAAAGGAUGUAUUUGCCGCAUGCUCAACUUGACCAAUUCUGAAUGACAUUUUCAUGGACACUAUCAAUGCUGAGAACUUGUUAUGGUGCGGUCUUCAGUCUCUUUCAUAUAUCUUCCUUGUGGUUCCCGCCUCCUCCCACCCCCAAUGUAGUUUGACUAUGCCUUACCUUUGUAAAUAUUUUGGCUUGUGUUGUCUUAAAGGGGAUACCUUGAAAAAGCACCAAAAUCAUGGGCUUUUUUCUUUUCUUUUUUAAUUUCAGCUGUGCUAAACAGUAUAUUACCUCUGUAUAAAAUUCUUCAGGGAGCGUCACCUCUAAUGCAAUAUGUUGGGUUGAUUUCUUUCCUUUUAAGAAUUUGUAUAAAACUGGAAGUGUGUGUGUGAGCAUGGGUACCCAUUUGGUAGGUAAAGUGCAUAUGAUUGUGAAGAAGGGAGAGUUAAGUUGCUUCAUUUGUUCGUGGUGUAAAGUUUUGAGAUGGAAUUUAUUAUAAGAAUGUAAGACCUUAAAUUAUUAAUAAAUAACUAUUUUGGCUAUUGA